AUGUCCUGGAGGGUGCUGUCACCUGCCUCUGCUGCUGCCUGUGUCAUCCUCCUGCUCAGCUGUGCCUGGCUUGGCUCUGCUGCCCAUCCCUCCUCAGUGCCCAACAAGAAAGGGCGAGCCCUGCUCCCCCUCACUCCCCAGGAGAAGAACGUGUGCUCCCAGGCCUCCGAGGAAGAUUUUCUCAAUAGCACCCUCAGCACCCGCCUCCUGCCCGCCCUCUACUCCGUGGUGCUGCUGGUGGGGCUGCCAGCCAACGCUCUGGCCUGCUGCGUCCUGGCCACCAACUUCAGGAGAUGCUCCAGCGCUGUCUUCCUGCUCAACCUGGCUGGGGCCGACCUGCUCUUUGUCCUCCUGCUACCCUUCAAGAUCUCCUACCACCUCCUGGGCAACCACUGGCCCUUUGGGGACUACCUGUGCCGUGCCAUGGUGGCCUUCUUCUACGGGAACAUGUACAGCUCCAUCUUCUUCCUCACCUGCAUCGGCCUGGAGCGCUACAUCUCCGUGGCACACCCCUUCCUGUGGAAGAGCUCCAGCUGGACGAGGGGCAAAGUGGGCAUCUCUGUGGGCAUCUGGCUGCUGGUGGGGCUGGGCAUGAGCCCUCUGCUUUUGUGCUCCCACACUCACGAUAUCUCCAGCCUCAACAUCACGACGUGCCAUGAUGUGCUUGAAAAGGAAACCCAAAGGUUCUUUGGCUACUAUUUCCUGUUCCUGGUGGGGCUGGGCUUUGGGCUGCCCUUCGUGCUCAUGAUCAUCUCCUACAGCUGCAUCCUGGCACGGCUGCUGGCCAAGGGAGGGAGCCACGGGCAGGUGAUCCGUGUCCUGGCCCUGGUCCUCCUGGUCUUCAUCCUCUGCUUCACGCCCAGCAACGUCCUGCUCUUCAUCCACUACCUGCUGGAGCCCACGGGCUGCAACAACGGCACCUACAUCUCCUAUGCCCUGGCCCUGGUGCUCAGCGCCUUCAACAACUGCUUUGAUCCCUUCAUCUACUUCUACGUCUCCCGGGAUUUUCGGGGCUGGCUCCAGGAUGCUGGAGGCCGCUGCCUGCGGGGGCUCGAGGCCUCGUCAGGGAGGUCCACAGAGAAAACAGCCCUGCCCCUGAGGUCCAGUGAGCAGAGCCACGGCUGCCAGGCUGUGUCCCCCUGCCCAGGGGAUGGGGGAGCCUGA